UGUCCCUCUCCCCCCCCUCAUAUUCUCUCUCUCUCUCUCUCUCUCUCUCUAUGUGUGUGUGUGUGUGUGUGUGGGUGUGGGUGUGUGUGUGCAGGUGUAUGUAGCUCCGAUUAAAACUUAGAACUUAAUAAAAGAGCGUGGGGUGGGGGGAUUGGGUUGGGAUGGUGGGUUAUAUGAGACACCCACGACGGAGGAGGGGAGGAAGGAGAGCAGCGGCUUUAGCGCUUGUUGUUAUACGAAUGGGAAUGGGGAGCGCCUCCACUCUUUGAAAAGAUCAAGCCUAUAUCCUUUUCCCCGACGGUUUUAUUAGGCGAGAGAGAGAGUUCGAGAGGCGUGUGCGCUAGGGAUUCUCUUACGCUGGAUCCUCUUAUUUGUGGGCUCGCUCUCUCUCGCCGUGCCGCGUCCCGCUUCAGAUCUCGCUCGCCCCCGGCCCAAAGAUCAAUCUAGGUUCUGCUUGUUUCCGGAUACUGGGUCUGAGCUUUUGAGGAGGCGGUUUCGUUGAUUGCACGAGUUCUCAUCCAUGGCUAGCAAGGGUCCGGAAAAGGACGUGGAGUUUCUGUUCAGCGACGAGGAGCUGCGGGAGAUGAGCGGGCUGAAGACAGGCUCGGACUUUGUGGAGGUCACGUGCGGGUGCACGAGCCACCGCUACGGCGACGCCGUUGGUAGGCUUAGGGUUUACGCCUCCGGCGAUCUCGAGGUCCGCUGCGACUGCACGCCCGGCUGCCAGGAAGAUAAGUUGACCCCAGCUGCUUUUGAGAAGCAUUCUGGACGGGAAACUGCGAGGAAAUGGAAGAACAAUGUGUGGGUUAUAGUUCAAGGAGAAAAAGUCCCACUGUCAAAGACGGUACUGCUUAGGUACUAUAACCAAUCACUGAAAUCUGCAAAUGGCUCUCACAAAGGUCCCAAUGGCCGUCCAUGUCAUCGCGAUGAGUUUGUACGUUGUUCAAGUUGUAACAAAGAACGUAGGUUUCGCCUCCGAACCAAAGAGGAGUGCCGUAUAUACCAUGAUGCUGUCCGGAAUGCCAAUUGGAAAUGCUCAGAUUUGACGUUUGAUAGUGUUACCUGCGAUGAUGAGGAAGAGCGUGCAAGUCGCAAGGUCUUAAGAGGAUGCUUGCGCUCCCCAUCCUGCAAAGGUUGUACCACAUGUGUCUGCUUUGGAUGUGAUAUUUGUCGCUUUUCAGAUUGCAGUUGCCAGACAUGCGUUGACUUCACCCAGAACUCGAAAAGUUAGGCUAUUUAAACGCCAUUCUUUUCUCCCCUUCACAGGCUUAUGCUCGUUUUCAAGACGUUAGACAUCGUCAACAUUAAGUUCUUUGACUAGUUAUUCUUGCUUGCUAGCGGAGGCUUCUUCAAUCAAUCUGGGUUCACAUUUGUUGUCUCGAUAACUAUUCUUGCUUCCUCGAGAGGCAGCAGAAUUUUGUUAAAGAAAAACUAUUUAUUAUUUUUAUUAUUUGGACAAGAUAUGCCAUAUUGGAAUGAU